UGCAAAAAAUAAUUUAUUGGGUGUACGGAGAUAUACCCCAAUCCUUGUUCUCUCUGAUUCAUUCUUUCAUUCGUUCAUCCAAUCAUCUCAUUCCGAUCUUCAUUACACCGCAACCCAAUGAGUUAUUACAAUCCGAAUCAGCAACCACCCGUCGGAGUUCCACCGCCGCAAGGUUAUCCGCCGGAGGGUUACGGAAAGGAAGGAUAUCCACCGCCGGGAUACCCGCCGCCGGGAUACCCGCCUCCCGGAUAUCCCCCGCAGCAAGGAUAUCCCCCACAGCAAGCCUAUCCCCCACAAGGCUAUCCUCCGCCGCCCUACCCCGCCCAGGGCUACCCUCCGCCGCCCUACGCUCCUCAAUACGCUCCGCCUCCGCCCCCGCGGCAACAAAAUUCACAGAGCUCUGGUUGUUUGGAAGGCUGUUUGGCUGCUCUCUGCUGCUGCUGCCUAUUGGAUGCGUGCUUCUGAGAUGACAUUUGUUUUGCACAAACUGAACUCGAUGAAGUUUGUUUCAGCAUUGAACUCGAUUAAAUUUCUCUCUUUUUUCUCUCUUUUCUUUGCUUUACCUUGUCCCUUGUUCACUUUUUUUACUUUUUGUUAAAUAAUAUGAUCUUCUAUUUUCUUCCAAACCUCAAACUGCUUCAUUCACAUGGUUUUAUUGCUAAGAAAGUUAUACCUUCAUGCUCCUUCUCCCCCCAAA